AUGAAGAAGCUUCAUUUGUUACUCCCCGUCUUGAUACAGCUCGCGACAGCUAUACAGCCCUCUGCGCGCGAUCCGUUGCCCAACCAGCAGUUCCGUGACCUGAAAUGGGGGCAACUCAACUUCUUGCACACCACCGAUAAUCACGGUUGGCAUGCAGGGCAUCUUCAGGAACCGCAGUACUCGGCGGAUUUCGGGGACUAUAUCUCGUUUGUUAAGCACAUGCGGCGACUCGCCGACGAGAAGGAGGCAGAUCUUGUUGUGGUCGAUACAGGCGACCGCGCUGAAGGCAACGGUCUAUGGGAUGCGUCGGACCCGAAGGGGAAUUAUACGAGGAACUUCUACCACAAGCUCGACAUAGAUGUUAUCACCAAUGGUAACCACGAGCUAUACAACAAAACUACAGCCCAAAAUGAGUUUGACGAGAUGAUUCCAUACUACAACGGGAAAUACGUCGCGUCGAAUGUUGAUAUCGAUGUAGAAGGGAAAUGGGAGCCCUUUGCGAACAGGUCUCAUAAGCUAGUGACGAAGAAUUUGGGACUGAAGAUCACAUCGUUUGGUUUCCUUUUCAAUUUUACUGGGAAUUACAAUAACACUCGGGUUAAGGCUCCCAGCGUGGUGAUAAAGGAGGACUGGUUUCACGAAGCCAUUUCCGACAAGGAUGUUGAUUUGUUCAUGGUUAUCGGGCACAUUGAUGUCGAGGACCAUGAGCUCAGUAUGGUUCUGGCGGCAAUUCGUGAAAUAAACCCGGAUGUCCCGGUUCAGAUCUUUGGGGGCCACAGCCAUCUCAGGAAAUUUGUCCAGUAUGAUGACAAGUCAACCGCGCUGGAGUCUGGGCGUUAUUUCGAGACUGUUGGGUUCUUGAGUAUCGAUGGUCUUGCGACAAAGGCAAAGAAAGCUGCACCAAAGCUGAACUUCUUUAGGCGAUACAUUGACGCAAACAGAGUCGGGUACCAACACCACACCGGAACAAAUGAAGACACCUUUGAUACCCCUGAAGGCCUGGAAAUGUCCACAGAACUCACCAAAUAUCGUGCAGAAUUGGGUCUUGACCGUCUAAUCGGCUGUGCGCCGCAGGAUUGGUCCCUUAACAAGGAUAUGUACGGCAGUCCUAACAACUGGUACACUUUCCUCGAGGAAACUGUUCUUCCCAAGGUUGUCACCAACAAAGACCGCCAUGAUAUCCCACGUAUAAUUUUUAUCAACACUGGCUCUCAGCGAUUUGACGUCUUCAAGGGCCCAUUUACAUAUGACACUAGCUUCCUUGUUUCUCCAUUCACAAGCAAAUUCAGAUUUACCCCGAAUGUGCCAUGGGAAUAUGCCUCGCAGCUCCGUGAAUAUUUCGAGGACGACUCAAACCCAUAUUUCCACACCCUCGGGGGCCCCGAGCGUGAAGGCCCGCGGCCACAAGCCCUCAAGUCAAACUCUUUCCGAGUGAACCAGAGACAGCAGAACGUCCUCGUCAAUGGUGCCCCAUCCACCAUAGUCCCGGGUUAUACCACCUGCGAUGAUUUUGGCAACGAUGGUGACGACACAGUUCACUCUAGGAUCAUCUGGCACUUUGCUCCCAAGGUUAUCCAGGGCAAUGCCUCUUUCCCUGACGGCUGGGAGACUAGCCCUCCUGAGGCCGUGGAUGUAGUUUUCAUGGAUUUCAUUGGGUGGAAUGUUGCGGCGGGGCUGAACGAAAUUUCGGGAAACGAUUCGUACAGGGCUGUUGAUUUCCAGCCUUAUAUGGGCGAGGAAGAUACAAUGACGAAGUUGCUACUAGAUUAUGUGGAGAAGGAGUGGAGACAUGAUUGUGUUUAA